CAACGAGACACGAACUGCUUUUCUAUAUAGGCAGCUUAGGCCUGAGCUCAACAACUCAGAGAGAGUUAACUCCAUCACUCUUUUGCUUGUCAGAUCACAGUGAAAUGCAAUCAUUGCAGGAAAAGGCUGCGGCUUGGAGCGGCGUUGAAGCUGCCGAUGCCUUUGCCAUCGACGAAACUAAUUUGUUCCAGAAAUUGGGACUUCAGACUUUCAUCAACCUCUCUACCCAUUUUUACACUAGGGUGUAUGAUGAUGAAGAGGAGUGGUUUCGAUCAAUAUUUGCUAAUUCCAAGAAAGAAGAAGCCAUUCAGAAUCAAUACGAGUUCUUUGUGCAACGAAUGGGAGGGCCUCCUCUUUAUUCCCAGAGGAGAGGCCAUCCUGCAUUAAUCGGACGUCAUAGACCGUUUCCAGUCACUCAUCAAGCCGCAGAGAGAUGGUUACAUCAUAUGGAAAAGGCACUGGAGAGCACCCCAGACAUUGAUGCCGAUUCAAAAGUCAAAAUGAUGAAUUUUUUCAGGCACACUGCAUAUUUUCUUGUGGCUGGAGAUGAGUUGAAGAAUAAAAAACAAGAACCUUCAUGCAAAUGCAAACAUGGGGGAUGCAAAUCAGCUGCACCAUAAACUUGGUAACAGGAAUUCCCCCAUUCCUCUGUUGGGAGAAACCAUGGAUAUUACCAUCCAUUAUAAAACUCCUCAGUAUGACAGUGUCAUAACUAACACAACCUUUUGUAUGAAUAAAAUCCUAAACUUUUUGCA